AAAUUCAGGGCUUUAGGACCUGGACGCAAAGCAGAGCAACGGCAGGCGGCAACCACCGUGACCACGCCCCUUGGUGUGACGUCAGCGAGCAGGCUUGGCUCCAGUGUCCGCUUUGGGACGCACUCAGCGCGGGGAAAAUGCUGCUCUCCGUACCGCCAAGGACAGCCAUCAACCCGUACAGCGGCUCGUACAACGGCAGGAACACCAAAAAGCAAUCCUAUGUAUCCUCCGGGCACCAGAUGGCGCCCCCGAGUCCCAACACGAACAGCAGCAGUGCAGGAGGCGGAGAACAACUGAGCAAAACCAACCUGUACAUCCGCGGCCUUCACCCCGGGACCACCGACCAGGACCUGGUCAAACUCUGCCAACCGUACGGGAAGAUUGUUUCCACCAAAGCCAUCCUGGACAAAACAACCAACAAGUGCAAAGGUUAUGGCUUUGUUGACUUUGACAGUCCUGCAGCAGCUCAGAAAGCUGUAACAGCUCUAAAGUCCACCGGCAUCCAAGCUCAAAUGGCCAAACAACAGGAGCAGGACCCCACUAACCUGUACAUCUCCAACCUGCCCAUGUCCAUGGACGAGCAGGAGCUGGAGUCCAUGCUGAAAUCCUUCGGUCAGGUCAUUUCCACACGAAUCCUCAGAGACGCCAACGGCACCAGUAGAGGCGUUGGAUUCGCCAGGAUGGAGUCUACAGAGAAAUGUGAAGCCAUUAUCCAACAUUUUAAUGGAAAAUAUAUUAAAACUCCACCAGGAGUGCCAGUGCCCACAGAGCCGCUGUUGUGUAAGUUUGCUGACGGGGGACAGAAGAAGAGACAAAAUCAGGGGAAAUACCUGCAGAACGGCCGUCCCUGGGUCAGAGACACAGACACGGGAGGAAUGACGCUAACAUACGACCCAACAGUCUUACAGAACGGGUUUUAUCCGUCUCCGUACAGCAUCGCUCCGAACAGGAUGAUGGCUCCGACAUCCCUGUCUCCAUACAUGACUUCUCAAGUACCGUCAUACCAGGUUCACAGUCCAUCAUGGAUGCACCACCAGUCGUACCUCAUGCAGCCCACAGGGACAGUUUUAACCCCAGCUAUGGACCACACCAUGUCCAUCCAACCCACAUCUCUGAUGAGUCCUUUAACCCAGCAGCUCAGUCACCUGUCACUGGGAAGUGCUGGAACGUACAUGCCUGCGAACACAUCUAUGCAGGGGACCUACAUCCCUCAGUACACCCCCGUGCCUCCGUCCAGCGUGUCUGUAGAGGUGAGACAGGAGAACAGCGGAACCCAGCAACAAGUCCCCAUAGAACCUGCUGCAGACCACACGAACUACACGUACCAACACAGCAAGUGAAGCCGAGGACGUGUGAUGUGACGUGAUGCGGCGGUGUGUGGUGAUGCAGCACGUUGCCGUGGGUAACGCCUCUCUCUGUGAGAGGAUCACCUGUCCCACCGAUGUGCAGAACCAGAGACACGGAUAGACACGAAAAUCAGAUGAACAAAACAACACUUUUAUUUUUGUAGAGUAGAAAUGAAACACGGACGUCACUCAUCUUUCCCUCUUCCAGAGUCGCUCAGCCAAAAGGUGGGAGAUUUCACAGAAGGAACUUUCUACUAUUUUGAUAACAAAAGAAAAAAAAACAACUUAAAAACAAUAAUAAUAAAUCCUAAAAAGUGACGAGAGACACGUCGUGUCCACUUCGUCUGCUCGUAAGAGCAAAUCCUUUUAGAGGAGCUGAGAUAAAGGUGACGCAACACCGUGUGUCUUUAUUGCUUUUUUUGUUUUUCUAAAAAUAUGCAAUUUUUAAUUUUUGUCAUUUUGUUUUUUAAUCAGCAGCAGUUUGAGAUAUUUUUGUACUGAUACGCAAACGAAACGUUAUAUUUUAUUUGUCUUCAUUUUAAAAUUCUAUUAAAGUUCUAUUUUUGUUACAAGUGAACCGUUUAAAGUCACGUCUUCUUCCUCAAAGUAAAAAAAAGAAAUAAUAACGAUCAUAGAAUUUUAAUAUUUUCAUUUUAUUUAUUUAUUUUUUUUUUAAAAAUGCAUCAGACAAUCAUUACUGUGUUAUUUAUUUGCGAACACAACAUUGUAGAAUUUCCAGGAAUAGAUUAUAAAAUGUUUUUAUUUUAUUUUAUUUGGCUUUAUCCCUCGGUUCCUCGGAUAUUAAAAUAAGAAAGAAAAAAACGAAGAAGUGACUUUAAUUGGUUUUAUUUAAAAAAAAAAAAAAAAGCCCAAAUACUUGAGAAAAUGUACGUUAUUGAUGUGAAAUAACAUGACGUUCAAAUUCUUCGGGCGAAAGACGAAACAAAACGAAACAACCUCAUGAGGUGAUUUUUGACCUUAUUUUUGUGUUUUAAAUUAAAAUAGAAUAGAAUUUUUAUUGAAGUCAAAUGUUUUGGGUGCUGGUUAAUUUUUUUUUAAAUUAGUUAAAUCACAGGAAACGUCCUGAUGAGAAUUAUAUAGAUUUUUUUUGUUUGCUGCUCGUUUGAUUUUGCAUUUUAUCUUUUUUGCAUUGAUUCUUGUUACGUUUGUGUCUUUGUGACGUCCAAUUCUAAAGAAUUUAAAUAGAAAGUAGAAAUAAUGUAGCUGUAAGAAAGAAACAUUGAGGGCAGCGUUUUUAUCACGAUUCCUGAAAUUUGCUUGUUGUUUUCUGUUUAUUUUUGUCACUGAAACUUCUUUUCAUUUCUCUUCACAAUUUUUUUUUUUUUAUAACUGAUAUUUUAAAGAUUUUAAAUCGACGGUCAAUUCGAUUCAGACGUUGACGACGAUGAACGACCUUCGCCGUGACGUCUGAAAAGAAAAUAAGGGCUUAUUUUAUAUUAAACACAAAAUCCAAAUAAAACAAGGACCAGAUUAGAAAAUGCAGAACUUUCUGAAUGUAAAUACUCCAGUGAGCUUCUUUACACAAAUAUAUAUCAAUAAAUAAAUAGGUUUUAAUUUAAAGUUUUGUCAUUUUGUUAACAUCAGUAAAACAAUAACAAAACUUUUUUAUUUAUUUAUAAAUUUGUUGAGAAAUGAAGAUCAGGUCGCGCAAAUUUUGUCAAAAAUCUUUAAAAAAAAAAUCUUGAAAUAUUUGAGCUUUUUAAAAAUUAACGAGCUCUUUUUUUUUUUUUCGAUCGUACUGUAAACGUUUUAUUUAUAUCAGCAACCAAAGAUCUCAAAGCCAACAGACUCGUGUGUAGAACGCGGGCGAUACGUUUUGUCGUUCUUUAUCAAAAGAACCCGUUACGGACCCGAACGCUAGCGUACCGUAGAAUAGUGACCUCUGACCCUGAAUUCAAGACAUUUUAAAAUUUUCAAUCGGAACUAAAUUCCACUUUUUUUCCUUUUAUUUUCCUCUUUAACUUUUUUCCUGCUUUUUUUUUCUUUUUCUUGUUGUUUGUCGGCAAGAUUUAGUUUUUGUGUCAAACAGAAAACAUGCAGUUCACCUCAUGAAGGAAGAGAUUAUGGGUUUUAAUCGACAAAUACACGUCUUUUUUUUUAUCAACUUUCACUACAAAUCCACAAACAAGUUUUGAAACUAUGAAAUGACUCGUUACAUCACAGUGUUUUAAGCUUCCGUGUUAUUUAUGGUUCUCGCUAAACGCGUGAAAUGAGGAAUGUUGUUUAAAUUCGAAAAUAAUGUUUCAAUUUUUUUUUUUUUAAAACGACGCCUCCGUAGGUCACGUUGUACUAAAUCCAGCCGUUUAGUUAAAAUGCUAUUCUUUUUUUUUUUUAAUCUAUUUAACAAAAACGAUAAUUUAAGCCUUCUUACAUUGUUUUGAUCUCAAAUGUUUCAUCUGUCAAUUUAAAUAAUAAUAAAAUGAUUGAUAUGAGGUCUAUCAAAUGAAAUAAUAAAAUGAAUUCCAAUUAUUUAUGCUAAAUUUAAAGAAAAAAGAAUUUUGAAAUAAUAAUAAUAAUAAUAAUAAUAAUAAUAACAAAACAUUCUAAUAUUGUGUCCUUCAAAUUAAUGUCUUUUGUCUUUCUACCUGUUUUCUGCUUCCAGACCACGCCCACAUUUCUUAUAUUUUUUUAAAAAAAAACAGGAAGUUAAACGAAAAGCUUGCAGAUGUAAAUUCAGAGUAAGUCUUGUGUCUAUUUUGUCAGAUUAUAAACUUCACUUUCUUUUUUUUUCUUUAUUUUCGUAAAGUUUAUUUCAUAGUUUCAAAACCCUUCGGCUGCUAUAAGAGGAGAACGGAGCAGUUCAGGAGAUAAACACCACACUGACCAGGACAAACCUGCAAAAUGUGCCUCAGAUAAACGAGAAAGACGAAAUAAAGCAAACGACGAGACGACGAAAACGAGUGUUUACAGUGCGGACUGUCGGCUGCGUAGCGAGAGAUAAAACACUGCUAUGAAUCAUAGCCUUAAGCCUUAAGUUUCGAACUAGUUUUAAGGAAAAUGCUCAUUUUUAAAACAUAGGAAUUGUUUGCACAUUUAAAGCAGCGACAGUUAGCGUAAUGAUCAGAUUAGCAUUAUUAUAAUUAUUAUUACAAUGUUUUGUUUUAGAGCACAAAGCGAAAACCUCUGAAGAUUUCUCGCGGCGUGAAUCUGAAAAUCUCUUCACUUUCCUUCCGCUGAGUUUGAGGAGGUUUUAGAAAUGAAAUUUUAGCCGUCUAGAAAUCCUCCAGGUUUGGACUCGUCGUCGUGUUUAUCGAGCAAAACUUCGGCUCGUCUCUUGAACUGCUUUCGUACUUUUUUUUUUUUUGUUGGCUUAAUAAAAACAUAUUCCUUAUUUAUAAUAUUACACAUUUUGUACAGUCUACAGGAGAGUUUUGAGUCGAUGUUCAUGUGUCUUCCUGCCACACCGCUGAUUUUACCUUUUGUUGUUACUCUUGUUUUGUGUUUGUUUAAAUUUGGUAAUGAAACUUUUCUUUUAUUUCAGUUUUACUGUUUGUUUUGGAAUUGAUGUUUUUGUCCUUUUUUAAAUAAAAAUGUUUUUAAAUUGUU